UUGUAAUUUCUUCAAUCAUUAGACAUCGUACUUGUAUGCAGAGAUAUCAGAAAAUGGUCCGAGACUUAGUUAGUGAUAUUAAACUUUUGAAUAAAGUGAACGUGCACAUAAAAGACAAAACUAAAGUGAAUGAAAUACUUGGUAAAAUAGUAGAAGGAGGUUUUAAGCAAUUACAAAUUGUAUCAGACUUUGAUCAAACAAUAACCAAACAACAUGAAAAUGGAAAAAAACAUCUGAGUAGUUUUGGUAUCUUCAGGUGCUGUCCGUCGUUACCCAAAGAACACGUAGAAUUAACCGAUUCUUUCGCUAGGAAAUACAAACCAAUAGAAUGCGAUUUAACGAUACCGAUAGAAAAACGGAAGAAACAUAUGGAAGAAUGGUAUUCAGAUACGGAAAAAUCACUUAAGGGCAUUGAGAUAAGCCCGGAAGAAAUUAGUGACAUAGCGAAAAAAUAUGGACCAUGCCUAAGGGAUGGCUGCAAAACUAUAUUUGAAUCACUGGAAGAGAACAACGUGCCUGUACUAGUAUUUUCUGCCGGACUUGGAGAUACUGUGGCUGCCUUACUGAAGCACAAUGGAAUUUAUCGCUCAAACGUUAAGGUUGUUUCAAAUUUCUUGAAAUUUGAUGAGAACAAUAUUGUACAAGGAUUUCAAGGAAAACUCAUUCACAUCUACAGCAAAAAUGAGCAUGCUCUCGAGGGUACAGAUUAUUUCAAACUAAUUUCCCAACGUAACAAUGUGAUUUUAAUGGGAGACUCGAUUGGAGAUGCUGGUAUGGCUGAUGGUCUUCCUGAUACGAAUGCUGUGCUCAAAAUUGGUUUCUUAUAUUUUGAGUCAGAUUUGGCUGAAAAGAAGUUAUCCGAUUACCUCAACUACUUCGAUAUAGUGCUAGAAGAUGACCAAACAAUGGAUGUGUUAGGAUCCAUUUUAGACCUCUUAGAAUGAACAAACAAAUAUUAUGGAGAGAUAUAAUAUAUAUUCCGAAUUUAUAUACAAAUGUUCAAUUAUUUAUCUUCUUAUUCAUUUAAAAAUUUUAUUUUUGUAACAAAAUGUAUUUUGUCUGAGUUUAUUUUGUUCGCUGAGAUGUAUAUACUUAUUUAAUCUGAAGAUGAAACAUUUUGAGAACAUGAGUUCUGUAAUAUACCUAAAUCCAUAAAAAAAGA